CGCACACAGCCAUUCAUCUCUGGAGAAGAGACGCGGGCGCUACAACAGGGCGGGAAACAAUUUGUGCCUCCCAUCCUGUUGACUUGGAUGCACGUUGUUACUUUUGGAAACCUCUGCCAAGCGUGAAACCUGCGACACAUUUGCGACUUUUGCUGACUCGCCAGCAUCCUCGGACGGCUCGCGUGCCGGCUGAUUUUCAGAAUAAGAAGAAGAGGAGGAAGGCGGCGGCGGCGGCGGUGGUGGUGGUGGUGGUGGCGGUGGGGGAGGAGGUGACCUCAGGAGGACGCGCAGGGAUCCCAGCUCCGGGAAGAGGAGGAGGAAGAGGAGGAGGAGGAAGAAGAGGGCACACAUCCUGCUAAUCGAGAGCAUCCAUGAAGCCCUUCUUUCCCUUUUUUCACAUUCACUAUGACAAAAACUUAGUGCAUGGUGCCCUGUGAAGUGAGUUACUCGAGUUAGCAAAGAUGCAUUUUGUAAACCUACAUUAGUUGAUGUGAGGGAUCAUUUGCAUAUAAAAGGACAAUAAGGACGAGCCGCACACGUGCAACAUGGAUCUCAAUCGAAUCAGAGGUUUAUCCGAUGUGCCGUGAGCGUCGGCCUGGAGCCGCCCACCCCGGUGCCGCCCACCCUGGUACCGCCUUCUGUGGGUCUCCGAUAUGGACCCCGCUCAUUCUUUUAGGAUGGAGCUGGACGGGCUGGACCUCCAGCAGGCCCCGGUGCUGUCGCUCGACCAGAUCCGUGCCAUCCGGGCCUACAACGACUACGUGGACCGACCAGUAGCGCUGGAACUGGCAUCCCAGUCUGGAUUUUUCUAUGCCCACGACGAGCGACACCCGCACGGAAUAUACUCGCAGCACCCUCAGCUGCCGGGUCACAACGCCCUGCCCCGCAGUCAAAGUCAGCAGCAAGCCCGCAUGUCCCGCAUCAGCCGCUCCAGCACCGUGAGCUCCUCCAUGUCCCGUACCAGCGCCGGCUCGGACCAGAGGCUGCUGGCGGGCUUGACGCCCUCGCACUCCGGCCCGGCCGCGGUGGUGCGCACUCAACCGAAAGGGGAGCCGCUCAAGUCCGAAUACUCGUUGAGCAAAAUCCUGGCAGAGGACGAGCCGGGCCGGCACCAGUUCAUCUGCGAGCGCUGCGCCCGCUGCAAGUGCCACGAGUGCUGUGCCCCGCGCCGGCUUCCCUCCUGCUGGGCCUGCGGGCAGCGUUGCCUGUGUUCCGCCGAGAACGCGGUGGAGUACGGCACCUGCCUGUGCUGUGUCAAGGGCCUCUUCUACCACUGUUCGGCGCAGGACGACGAGGACAACUGCGCCGACCGGCCGUGCUCCUGCGGCCCAGCCCACGCCCUGGCCCGCUGGGGCACCAUGGGCCUCCUGACUCUCUGCCUGCCCUGCCUCUGCUGCUACCCCCCUGCCCGGCUGUGCCUCGCCUUGUGCCACUGUGCCCACGACCGGGCCACGCGACCCGGCUGCCGGUGCAGCAACACCAACACCGUGUGCCGCAAGAUCUCCGCUUCAAACCCCAACCCGGGUCAUCCCUCCGUGAGCAAGGCUGUGGAGAAGUCACUAUGACAGGCCUGGAUUGGUGGCAACAAGGCGCCAACCAUUACUUGUGCUCACCGGCCAUCCGUUCUCCAGCUCGAGGGGGACAAAAGCUUUACUGUGCCUGUUUGCCUUGGAAACUAAAAGCCCAACCUGAAGAAGAACUGAAUUUGCCGUCCUUCUUCUGCCUAACGGAGAUGUCUGACAUGCAUUUAUUUAUUAACGGACCACCUCCCGGCGCUUUACGAUCGACGCCUGGACCACGGACCGGAUCGGCAACUCACGGCUCGAGCACGACGGAUUACUGAAAGGAGAUGCUUCCAGUGAAGAUCUGAGGGCCAAGGAACCAACGAUUUAAACGUGCGGACAAUCGCAGCACAUCCGGAAUGCGGUUUGAGCGGAAUCUCGAUGCCAUUCUUAAGCUCAGUUGUAUUAGGUGGACACACGGUACUGCGCAAAAGUGGCAGGCCGCCGAGGAAAAUAGUGUGUAAGAUCAGAGGCACCCUUUCUCGUUCCUGGAAAAUCAGAGGAUGGAUUCUGGGACUUGAAACUCGAUCCUCCGCCAAAAUCAAUGGGGUCUACGUGCCACACCUCGAGAAAAGAUCAUCAGAAAUGGCUUUUAACCAACCGAGAAGUCACCGGCGGUGGCUUGAGACUUUUGCGUAGUACCUCACCUGAAAAAAGGGACCACGACCUGCCUAAUUGGAAUCUCAAUGCUAUUAAGCUCGUUUCAAUGACGCUGACGCAUCCCCAAGCUAAAUCGCAGAGCUGGACGCUGGAUGCUGGCACGAGACUCGCAUUUUUAAUGAGGUCCUUCAACCAAUUUCCAAUGGUUUCCACGUGGCACCUUACGAGAAGUUCUCAUAAAAUGCCUUCGAACCAAAUCAGUCCUGAUCCCUGAUCACUGGUGGUAGCCUUUGACUUUUGCACAGUACAUCUGCAGCACCUCUGGAACACUUUGACGCCUGAAAAAAAGGACGGUACUACGCAAAAGUUGUGGGCCACUGAGGUCGAAUUGUAUUUGGCUUGGCUCGCAGGAAACUCUCAACGACAUUGAAUUUUGGAUCUGUGGCCUCGCUUGAAAUUCGGAAUGAAAUCUCAGUUCAUCGUUUCAUUUGUAUGAGGCGGACGCACGAUCCCGCGCAAAAGUCGCCGUCAAGUUGCUGGUCCCUGGAGGACCAUACGGUGGAGCCUGGAAUUGUACACACUUUUAAUAAGAUCCUCCAACCCAAAACCGAUGGCGCCGUCACACUCCAAAAUGUCAUAGAAAUGCUCGGAAGUUGUUCUUUCACAAAACUACAAUCAUCGCUGGCGGUCUGAGACUUUUGCGCAGUACUCUACGUUUUUUGGGUUUUUUUUUCUCAACAGCCGUGUUAACCAACAACAGGGUGGGCCGAGGGUGUGCGUGCGUGUCUCUCUGUGUCUGCGUGAAGACGAAGAAGGACUUGUCUUUGUUGUCGUCUUAUUUUUAGACUUGCUGCUAGAUCUUUGCGCCGGUCCGGUCGGGUUUCUCCGUCUGUCGCCAAGCUCCCUGAUCAGGCCGCCGCCCUAACGCCGGACAACCUCGCAUCGCCUGACUCCCCUUUGCCCCCCCCCCCCCCCCACUCGAUCCUCCCAUCCCUCCGGCCCAGCCACGCUUGCCUCUCCUCACUCGCCGGCCGGACGACUAAAAGCCUCCCGUCGAGAGUUGAUCAGACGGGCAAUUAUCUCCGUGAUUGCUCCUAAUGGGCCAGACGAGAACGCAGGAAGGAGUUGCGGUGUUUUGGCGCAUGGAGAAGAGGGCGGGGGUGUGGGGGGGGGGUGUUGCUGGGGUGAGGCUCGGGUUUCCUGACGUGUGUGUGCAUGUGUGUGUGCAUGUUUUUAAGUGAACGUGCGUGUGUGUUUGCGGGAUGCAUGAACACAACACCCGACGCGUUAAAAUCUUCCUUUAUUUUUAUAUGCAGAUAUGAGCAAGUGACGUCGGAAUUGAUUUUUUUUUGGGGGGGGGGUUGCAUUACCAUGACAACGGUUGUCAAUUCAGGAAUUUUUGAGGCCGGGAACAGCGCCAAAAGGAUUUAGUAGGAUAGUGGAGAAAAUGUCUUUACGUAUAGAUGGUUGAAAAUGUCACAUUUGGUGCCCCACACCCCUAAAAAUAUUUCGCUACAGUUGGGAAAUAAUUUUAAAAUGUAAUUUGGGGAAAAAAGAAAAAAGGUUUGUCAUAUUUACAGUAAAAAUGAAAAUGUUUGCAUGAUUCAGUCGUAACAUUACAAACGUCGUGAAGAAUAAAAGGUGUAUUAUUGCGAUGAAAAAGUUAAAAGAAAGAGAAAAAUUACAUAAAAU